AUGAGGGGAUGGUUUAAUUAUACACUUGUAUGCUAUAUACUGUUUAUUUAUCUAUCAAAAUCAAUUGUUUACACCGCUUUUAUUUUUACAAAUUUUUCACUUUCAACACCACUACCAUCAACAACAUUAUCAUUUAAACGAACUACUGAUAAUAGUCUACAAGAAACGGUUUUAUCGAGGCGACGACCCGAUUUACUGAUGAAUUUAAAACGAAUGAGAAGAAAUAAUCAACAUGAUAAUUUUGAUGAUGAAAUUGAAAUAUUGUCUGAGGACAUGAAAUUAUCUUCAUCAAUUAAUAAUAUUUCAAACGAUACAAUGGAACAAAUGGAACUCAAUAAUAUAAAUGAUAUUUAUCCUACAACUAUGAUAUUUGAAGAUAAUUUAGAAAAUAAGAGUUUAAACAAAAUAUUAUUAACAAAAGUAAAUUUAUCGGAUAUUGAAAUGGUAAAUAUGACACAAGUGAAUACUUUUCCUACUAGUAUGAUUAAUCUGAUACAAACCUCUAAAAUAAUUUCAAACAAUCUUUUAUUUGAUAAUGAAACUAAAUUCGAUACAAACAUUACCAUAUCUGAUAACUCUAUGUUGAACGAUAAUUAUACAAACAAUUUUAUCACUUCAAAUAGUCCAUUGUCUUUUAUCAAUGAUAUUUUAUCAUUAAAUAAUACAGAAUUUGAUGAUGUUAAAAAUAUCACAGUAGAUUCGUUUUUAAAAAAAAUUAUUUAUGAAGAAGAUCCAAAACAUAUUAGUGCUGUAAAUGAAACUACUGAUGUAAAUGAAACUACUAAUGCACUAGAUGGGUCUCUAACAACAAUUAAUGUUAUACAAUUCGAUAACAAUGACUUGAUUAGUACUGCAUCAUUAAAUACUGACGUACUAACCAAUGAAAUAUCAUCAACAAUAAAUGAUGAAAAUACAGUCGAUAUGAAUGUUAACAAACUCGAUAAUCAAACAGUUUUAUCUGAUAAUGUUACAACAAUAAGUGUCGAAGUGGAUAAUGAAGAAACAGAUUCACCUUCAAAUGAAAAACAUACAACGGAAAUGUUUGAUAGCAAAAACGAUACAUUGUCUACAGAAGAACACUCAACUAUUGAAUCAAUAAUUAUUGAUAGUUCACCAUCAGAACAAAAUACAAUUGAAACUACAUCCAGUUUUACAAGUGAAUUACUGACUGUAACUGAUAAAAGUGUAUCGUCCAUGGAAGAUAAUAAUACUGAAAUUGAUCAAUGGGAUAAUGUGACGAGUAAAACAAUUCCAUCUUUAUCAGAUGAGAAUAGUACGCUCUCCGACUAUGCUGAUAAUGAAACAACUUUGGCCUAUACUCAAUUUACAUCAUUAAUCAAUGAUACAAGCGUUAGUUGUGAGAACGAUGAAGGAUGUCUUACUCUGGAUGUUGCUACUACAUAUUCAUCAGAUGGUAAUGUGACCAUACAUGAUGAAACAAUGUUGGACAAAAAUGAUUUAAGUAAUGAAAAUGAAACAGAAAGUAAUACAACACGAAUUGAUUUAACUACAUGGACUUAUGACAAUGAAACAACCGAAACAAUUUCAGAUUAUUCCUACAAUAAUAUAUCUCAUACGGAUGUCACUAUUUUGCUCAAUGAAACACAAAAUGAAAAUGGUACUAAUUUUGAAUAUUUAACGUCAACCGAAUAUUUCGAUGAUGAUUUUAACUCAACAAAUGAAACAGAUCAAAUAGAAACAACAGCAACAUUAUCCUUGAUUAAAACAACUGAAAUUGUUCAAUGUGAUUUAACGUGUCAAUGUACAAAAAAAUGUUCAUAUGGUUUUGAUUUAAUCAAUGAGACAUGUGAAUGCAGUCCACCGUGUGCAAAAUAUCAAUGUUUUGAUAACCAUACAUGCGAAGUGAAUAGAGCAGGAGAACCAAUCUGCCAACCAUUCAAGAAACCGGAUCGUCCACUAUUAUGUCAUCAACCGAUGCAUGUUGGUCAUCAUGAAUCUGUACCACGCUAUCAUGACCGAUGGUAUUAUCAUCCAAUUGAACAGACAUGUCAUCAUUUUAUUUAUCGUGGAAGUGGUGGAAAUGAAAAUAAUUUUCGUACAUUAAAUGAUUGUCGACUAGAAUGCAUAAUGUGUGCAUCAACACCUGAUCGUGGAUCAUGUAACGGCUUCAUUCAAAUGUGGUAUUAUGAUUACAAUAAACAAAAAUGUUUACCGUUUAUACAUAGUGGUUGUAAAGGAAAUGAUAAUAAAUUUAUACGAGAAACAGACUGCAUUGAUACAUGUGUAACAAGAAUAAAUACAGUUAAAUAA